AGUAAAAAAGGAAUAAUUUCAAUUGCCAUUAUGUUAACAAUGAUUUGAACUACCAGAUGGCAGCAAUUGUUUGUCGGUCUGUCAGUUUUCUUCUUUCACGUGUGUUAUUGAGGUUAAGUUGCAGUCGUUUUUAAAAGUAUUUAAACAAAUCUGCAAAUUAUGUUACGAAGACAAGCGCGGUUAAGACGCGAGUAUUUGUAUCGCAAAACGCAAGAAGAUAAACAAAAAAGUAUACAGGAUAAGAAGGAUCGAAUAAAGAAAAGCUUAGAUCAAAACAUUGCUAUCCAUGGCGAUUUAAGGAAAUCGGCAAUAAGUUACCAAAGGAAAUUGGAAUGGGAGGAUUCGGGACCUCAAGCAGCAGUGGCAAUUGGUGGGGAAAGCGGCGGUGCUUUUGCCAACUCUCAGGAUGACGAGUAUCGAUAUGCUGGUGUUGAAGAUCCGAAAAUUGUCAUUACAACGUCUCGUGAUCCCAGCUCGCGAUUGAAGAUGUUUGUAAAAGAACUGCGACUAAUAUUUCCUAAUGCGCAACGUAUGAAUCGUGGCCACUACGAAAUGAAGGAGUUAAUGCACGCGUGUCGUGCAAAUGAUGUCACCGAUUUCAUCAUGGUGAGUGAGCACAGAGGUGAACCGGACGGUUUGAUCGUCUGCCACUUGCCAUACGGACCAACGGCAUACUUCACCAUGUCUGAUGUUGUCAUGCGACACGACAUUCCCAAUAUCGGAUCGAUGUCCGAGCAGUACCCUCACCUAAUUUUUCACAACUUCAAGACACAGUUGGGCGAACGAGUAAUGUCGAUACUAAAAUAUUUGUACCCUGUUCCUAAGGAGGAUGCCAAACGAGUGAUUACAUUCGCGAAUCACGAUGAUUACAUCAGUUUUCGGCAGCACACAUUCAAAACUGUUGAUAGACAGGUGGAAUUGAGCGAAGUCGGGCCUAGGUUUCAGUUAAAAUUGUACGAAAUUAAAUUAGGUACAAUUGAUGCCACGGAGGCCGCUGAUACGGAAUGGGCUUUGAGACCUUAUAUGAACACGGCACAUAAACGUAGAUUUUUAAGUGACGAUGAUGGUUGGAAAGAAGAAGAGUAAUUGUACAGUAAUUGUUAUAAAUGAUUAAAGAAUUUUUGUAUAAUUAUUUUUUAUUGUAUACAGUGUGUUUAAAACUUU